CGAGCGUUGGGAGCCCCGGCGGCGGCUUAAGCGCCCCAUGGAGCCACCGGCGGAGGCCGGAGGUGCUGCAAGAGAAAGGGAGAGGAGAGAGCGAGAAGCGAUGGCUCACGGCAACCCUGUGCCUAAAUUCUACAAAUCGGUCAUUGAUGAUGUGAUUGAAGGAGUCCGAGAUGUUUUUCUGGAAGAAGGUGUAGAUGAACAAAUUCUGAAGGAGCUCAAGCGGCGCUGGGAAAUGAAAGUGAUGCAGUCUAAAGCAACUGAAGGUUUCUUCCGCCACAAUCAUGUUUUGCCCCAGUUCACCUUGCAUCUUCCGUCCAGCUUCCAAGCCCUGCAGACUACAGGUGUUACUACAGGCAGAGGAAUGCAUCAGUUCACUAACGGUACAACACCAGCAAUAGCAGCUGAACUAGAGUCUUCCCAAUCUAGUGGGGCCGUCCUUUCUCUGCCUUCUGGCCUUACCUAUCCUAUCCAAAUACCCUCUGGUGUGACUCUUCAGACAACCUCUGGGCACUUGUAUAAAGUUAACAUGCCUGUGGUUGUCACUCAAGCUACUGGGGGAGGAACUGCCAUUCAGAAUCCACUUCAACAAAUAUUUCAGCAAGUUGGGAAGCAAUCCUUGAUGUCUCAGCCAACCCCAGUCAGUAUUAUACAGGCAAAUAUGUCUUCUCUUCAAGAAACCAGCAAUGGUAGCUUGCUGACCUCCAAGUCGCCUGUGCCCCAGCACCUAAAGAUGGGGGAUAAAGACUUGCUUGGGGCUUCUGCUGCCACACUAGAAGUCACCAGAAGUCAGGGGGAAGUUGCAAUAGGGACCCUGGUAAGCCUGCAGUCUUCAAGUUCUUUACAGACUCCCCAGAUAGCCGUUACGACUGUCCCUGUUGCAAAGUCAUCUGGAGUAGAAAACCCCAGGUCCAGAGAAGUAAGAGAAGGCGUUUCUUCUGGUGAGGGUCAAUUGUCUGUGAAUGUUGAUCAGCCUCCGGAACCUGAUGAUAUAAUUGAGCUGAUAAUUAUGGGCAAUGACUUGGAUGACCCUGCCCUUCUCUCUGAUGAAACCAGUCUCUCUUUCGUUGAAGAGUUAGAUACCAGUGUACAAAUGGAAUCAGAUCUGCUGGCCCAGAAAAAUAUUUCUAAUGACCUUGAAGAAAUCAUUCAACUAGAUGGGACAAGUGAUCUCUCACCCAAAGCAGAAAUAGAAAGUCCAAGAGAUGGAGAAGAUGAGGAGCUUGUGGGUAUAAUUGAUGCUGAAGAUUUAAAAGUCUUGGAUGAGGAGGAAGAGGAGGAAGGUGAAAAUAGCACUUCAGACAAUCAGUCUCUCAACAGUACCAGUGAUGCUGAUGAAUCCUCAGUUGAUAUUGUUGAAGAGGAUCCUUUAAAUUCCGGUGAUGAUGUUAGUGAACAAGAAACACCUGAUGUUUUUGACACUGAUAAUAUAAUUGUGUGCCAAUAUGACAAGGUUCAGCGAAGUAAGAACAGAUGGAAAUUCUACUUGAAAGAUGGUGUGAUGUGCUUUGGGGGAAAGGACUACAUUUUCUCCAAAGCCAUUGGAGAUGCAGAAUGGUGAAAGUUUUAGAAAUAUCUGCAGUAUUUUUAAAAACUGUUUUGUAAAAUUCAGUAAGGAAAUAUUGAACUUUUUGUGUUCUGAAAAAAAUUCAC